CUUGAAUAUCAUAAUAUCGAGAUCAACGCGAAAAUAUACGCAGCCAAAAAUAAUAAACAUUUUAACAUCAAAAAUAUGAGAUAUUAGGAAAGAAAUCAGCGAAAGUACAGUAAUUAACGAUUUAUAUAUAUGUUAUGGAUUUUGAAAUGGCACCAGUAAUGACAGACACUAUUCCAUCCGAUGAAAUGAUUACAGACGCUGAAAACAGAAUGGCUGAUAUAGAGAUUACAUCCCUUUCAUCGCUAAGACAUGUUAGUAGCGAAAGAUACGAACUUGAAAAGGAAAAAUGUUUUAAAAAUUUUGAUUCAUGGUCUCCAGAAGACCAAGUAGACUUUAUAGAAGACCUAUUACUGCGUAUGACACAUUUCCAACAUGGUCAUAUAAAUACUUUUUUAAAGCCAAUGCUUCAAAGAGACUUUAUAUCUAAUUUACCAGCUAAAGGACUGGAGCCUGUAGCUGAAAAAAUCUUAUCUUACUUGGAUGCAGACUCACUACGGUCUGCUGAAUCUGUUUGUAAAGAAUGGCAACGCGUCAUAGCUGACGGUAUGCUGUGGCGGAAAUUAAUACAUAGAAAAGUGUUACACGAUCCAUUGUGGAAAGGAUUAGGGGAACGAAGAGAAUGGAUUAACUCCAUGAACAGACCAUCACAAAAAUCUGAUCAUGUAUACUACAGGACACUUUAUCCAAAGAUUGUCCAAGACAUUAAUAGACUAGAAUCAAACUGGAGGUCUGGUAGACAUGGUCUUCUAAAAAUACACUGUAGAAGUGAAAACAUUAAAGGUGUAUACUGUCUCCAGUACGAUGAUGAAAAAAUAGUUAGUGGUCUUAGGGAUAAUACAAUUAAGUUAUGGGAUCGAAAAUCUUUAGACUGUACUCAGGUCUUACAUGGACAUACAGGUUCUGUUCUUUGCCUUCAAUAUGAUGAACGAAUCAUUGUUACUGGAUCUAGUGAUGCUACUGUUAGAAUAUGGGAUGUACACACUGGCGAAAUGUUAAACACACUAAUACAUCAUUGCGAAGCUGUUCUUCAUUUACGUUUUCAAGAUGGGAUUAUGAUUACAUGUUCUAAGGAUAGAUCGAUCGCUGUGUGGGACUUGCAAUCACCUACUGACAUUACACUACGGAGAGUGUUGGUCGGACACAGAGCGGCUGUUAAUGUUGUUGACUUUGAUGAUAAAUACAUCGUGUCUGCAUCAGGAGACAGAACAAUUAAGGUUUGGAACACAGGAACGUGUGAAUUUGUAAGAACAUUAAAUGGUCAUAGACGAGGAAUUGCUUGUCUGCAAUACAGAGCAACUUUGGUUGUAAGCGGAUCCUCUGAUUUUACUAUAAGGUUAUGGGACAUCGAGGUAGGAACGUGUUUACGCACAUUGGAAGGACACGAAGAGCUCGUCAGAUGCAUUAGAUUUGAUUCUAAACAUAUCGUCAGUGGUGCGUACGAUGGUAAAAUAAAAGUAUGGGAUUUACAAGCUGCGUUAGAUCCCCGGACACCUCCUGCUUCUCUUUGCAUUCGCACAUUGAUUGAACACACCGGUCGCGUUUUUCGACUUCAAUUCGACGAUUUCCAAGUCAUAAGCAGUUCACAUGAUGAUACUAUUCUAAUAUGGGACUUUUUAGAUGUUCCACAAGACAAUAUCAAGAGUUCAUCAAACUCUCGUUCUUACCCGUACAUGACUUCUUAAUUUUGUCGAACCUCACCACUUUAGCUAUCGUAGAGCUGGCUAUCUGCGUUUCAAUGAAAUUUGCGCAUUCCUUCAACAGCAAUUAGCGAAGCAUGCUACCUCUGCUUAUUUUCUUAUUUAUCAUUUUGUUAGCUGACUUUUAUGACAAACAAAAGUAACUAUAGAGCGUAGCUUCAAUGCGUAGCUAUAUUUCGUAGCGUGAGAACUUAAUGAAUUGAAUGUUUAAAGAAGAGACUCUUCUUAAAUUAAUAAAAAUAUUUAGUUUUCUACAGUAAAAUUACGACUUAGUUUUUUGUUACAUUCAAAUAAUUUUACCAGGGAAGUUUUCUCGCAUUUUCCAUGUUCAGUAAUAAACUUUUGUUAUGGGGUAUCAUUUGUUGUUGUGUUCAGUAUGCUCCAUGCAAACAAAGACAUGAACUUCCCGAAUUCAGAAUUUGUAAUUUUUAAUUUUGUGUAAUGGCCUCCUUAUUUGUUCUUCUUCGUUGUGAUUUAAAUUAUCUAACGUCUGUUUCCUUGAAUAAGAUAUAUUUAAAAUAUAUUAAAUUUUAGGGGAUAUAACAAGUGUUUGUCCUGUUUUUCUAAUGUAAUUAGUUUUGGUUUUUCAAGACAAUGUGUACAUAAUAUAAGAUGUUCUAUAUUAUGUAAAAUUGUGUUAUUUUAUAAAAAUAACUACUUGAGUU